AAUGACAGAGUAUAUGAAAGCUGUCUGGCCGCCUGACAUGUCUGGUAAAAAUUCAAGGCGGUCUGUCUUGUAAAGAUGUUUGAAAUUUUACAUCGAAUAAAGAAGGAAAUAUUUAUUCGGUCUCCUAAAGCGUGAAAUUCUUUUAAAAUGACUAUGACCUAUAAUUGUGUCGGUGCGACGCUAAACACAACAGAAUAAAUAAAUUCAAAAUGACUACAAUAACCAUAUUACAUGUACAUUAAAACCAACAUUAUUCCAGGAGAGUAUGUUAUGCAGUUCGGGAAGUACCGAGGACAGAAUUUUAGAUGGGCUUUGGAGAAUGUUCCAGGAUAUGUUGGCUGGAUUGUGAAUCAGAUAAUCAAGGACGAGGGGAAAGAAGACACAUCCAGCCAACACCAGAAAAACAACAAAGCGGCUUUGAAGAAUUACGUCCUGAUGUUUGAAGAGGGGAAGCGAAUUGUUGAAGCGAAAGCUAGUGAACCACGGAAACGUAUAGCUUGGAAGUCACUUCUUGUUGGUCGGCCACUAUCCCCAGAACAAAUACGGAAGAAAUACAAAAUGCUGACUUCUCCACCAAAGUUUACACCAAAUAAGUACUAUUUGUAACAUGUUAACCUUAUAUGUAUAGUAUGACUCGCUUAAUGGCAGAGUAAGAGGUUGUUAAGAGGUAUUGUAAGCGUUUGUCCAUAUGUAUGGUAUGGUGUCUAAUACAUUGUUUGUCAUACAUGUAUAUCAUUCAAAUUGCCCCAUGAACACUAGAGUUAGCACAGUGCUAUGUGGUAGUCAUGAUUUAGAGUCCUGUGAAUUGUUAUACAUUGUGGACUCCUAGUGCUUAAAACACAAUUUCUAUUGUAAGUCUGAAUCCCUGAUGGCAUUACUUGACCAUUAUAAAACAAUUCCUAUCAUUAUCAUGAAUGAGUAUUAUUAUAGAUGUAAAUUUUAAGGCAAUAGAAAUUCCUGAUAAAGCCAAUUAUUAUCCCCCCGCCAAAGGCGAAGGGGAUAUAAGAAAUGCUCUCCGUCCGUCCGUCCGCAACGACCUUUGUCCGGAGCAUAACUCCAAAAGUACUGGAGGGAUUUUCUUCAAACUUCAUACACUGAUAGAACACAUUGGGAGGAAGUGCAGUGUGCAAGAACAAUAACUCUUCCUUGCCUAUUUUUUGAGUUAUUCCCCUUUAUCAUAUUUUCUUAAAAAAAUUUUGUCCGGAGCAUAUCUUCUUCAUGCAUGGAAGGAUUUUGAUAUAUCUUGGCACAAAUGUUCACCACCACAAGGCGGAGUGUCAUGCGCAAGAACCAGGUCCCUAGGUCUAAGGUCAAGGUCACACUUAGACGUCAAAGGAUACAAGAAUGAAAACCUUGUCCGGAGCAUUUCUUCUUCAUGCAUAGAGGGAUUUUGAUAUAACUUGGCACAAAUGUUCACCACCACGAGACGGAGUGUCAUGCGCAAGAUCCAGGUCCCUAGGUCUAAGGUCAAGGUCACGCUUGGAGGCCAAAGGUCAGAUACAAGAAUGACUUUGUCCGAAGCAUUUUUUCUUCAUGCAUGGAGGGAUUUUGAUGUAACUUGGCACAAUUAUACACCAUCAUGAGACGAAGUGUCAUGCGCAGUUCCCUUCUUUAGAAUUACUUCCCUUUGUUGUUACUUUAAAUAGCUUUUACUUAUUAAAUAAACUUAUAAUGAAGUGCAUACACAAAGUCCUGCAAGAAUGAAACUGCAAGAGAGUUUUUAAAAGCCAUGGCAGUGUACUUAAAGCCCCAGUACCACAUGCAAUUGUAGAUUGUGACCAUAGUACGCAGUUCUGAAUUCCAUACAGUGCAGUUUGAAUAAUAAAAUCUGAACUUUUACAGACAUAACUUACCUUAAUGUAUAUAAAAUCAUUGUGUUCCUUGAGUAAUUGCUUAAUAUGUGUCCACUACAUGUAAAAGGUAACUUUUGAAAGGCUCAGUGACUCAUCACUACCUAAAAGGGUGUCAGAGUUGUUUUACUGCCAUUCCGUUUGUAAGUUAAUGCAAUGUAGCUCUGACUUUGAAUGUACAGACAUGUUUUAUAAACCUAAUACUAAAAAGAAACCACUGCCAAUUUUACAGAUAUCCCAAGAAGAAAGGAGAAAGACAUGGGUGAUGAUGAACUGUUGGCAUGUGUUGAGGAAAUUGAAGCAGGCACACGUGGUUAGUACUACAGUUGUUUUAAAUGAUAUACUCAUGCUCUGUUAAAAAAAGGGUAUGCUUGAAGCUGAAAAGAAUAAGCAAAAUUGUGUUUCAGAACUUUAAUUGUUUGAUAUUAAGUGGAACAUUGUACAACCACCUUAUUAUUGUGGUAAGAUGAGGCAAUUCAGUCAGUGAGAUCUGUCACUGAUGCAUGGUUGUGGGUUCGAACCCUGCUACAGACCACUUGAU